AUGGCGCAACAACGCACUUACCUCACGCCCGAAAUGCCCCGUCUCGACGUCGGUUAUCAGCCGAGCACUCGCGCCCAGCUUGAACAUCUCACUCUGAACCACUGGUACGAGCAGGCAACUAGAAAGUUCUCGUUGACAAAGGAGCUCCGCGACUCGUUCAAGAGCAAAUUCGAUGAAGCCCACAACUCGCUCAUUAACACGCUUGCGGCCGAUACGGGCACCUUGGAGGGAGUCCUGCUGGGUAGGUUGGAAAUAAUCGAGCCGUCCUUGGGGAGCAAAGUGAGGCCGCUCUUGGUGGCAGAGUUGAUCGACUUCAACAACGUUAUGCGCGACAGGUUAGAUGCGAUGACGCAGAGGCUUCUAGGGGCCUUGGAGAGAUGGGUCGCGUCGGAGGUGGAUAUGAGGGAGAACGAGAUCUGGGGAGCACUGCUGCCGUGGCUAGUCGAGUUCGAGAAGCAGAUCAAGCGACGGGGGAAAGGGGCGGGCCAGAGCCCGGUGCUGUCUAGUCCGGUCGAGCCGGCAGGCCAGGACGCUCUCAGACAGCGUCUUGCGGAGGAAAAGGCUGCGAAGGAGCGGUUGAAACGGACGCUGGCGGACCGUGAAGCUCAAUUGAAGGAGAUGCGAGAAAGUUCUCGGGAAGAGACAGAGGCUGCAGAGGAGAGGUUUCUGAGGGCCCAAGACGUGUCGGAUACCCACAGAGCGAGGCUGGAGGAGCGCAUCAGGAACUUGGAGGCUGAACUUCGCAGCCGACGUGUCGAUGGCGAGGUCGCCAGGACUGCAGACCGGCCACGUACGAGCAACAGGACAGCGGGGAGGCCCCGCGAGUUGCAGCUGAACAGCGAACCGGCGUAUGUCGGACAUCGGGAUCGCCUGUUGAGGGAGGAGACGGAGCAGCUGACAGAAGCAUUUGGAGGGAUCUAUGUAGGCGGAAGUGGAGUGCAUCGCCCGCGAGGGAACUCGGGGCUCUCUACGAUCUCAACUCCACCCAGCACCCCAAUGUCUGCGUCCUAUCAUGAACGUUCUUUCUAUGCGCCGCCACGGGCAGGAUACCCCCAGCAGCAACCUAGUGGCGUGUACGGCCCUCGCAGAAGGGGCGCGUGA